AUGAAAUGGUCAUGGAGUCUUACUGCUCGACGCCGAGAGGAGGAGAAGCUUGCUGAGAGGUGCAAGCGCAUCAGCGACCGUCCUGAACCCUUGCCAGCGGUCCGCGAACGGACCUUGACGCUGCCACUACCACCUAGUAACACGGGCUUGGUCCGAAAUAGUCGCCAACAAAGAACCUGCGAUCAGCAGCAAUCUGCAUAUUUUACUACGCUCCCACGAGAGAUCCGGUAUCUGAUCUAUCAGGAAGUCCUGGCCUCUCCAGAUCAUCCAGAGCUCCAUGUCUCCAGUGCAGACCAGCGACUCCUGAGUCGGCGCUGCGUUAAUGAGAACCCCGAUAUUCCGGGCUUAGAGCACCCAUGUUGGGGCCGUUGCUACAAGCAAGACGGCACGACGGCCCGGAGUGGGUACCCAAGGGAGUAUCAGCCCGAGGACCGUUCUCCUUACCCCGUCAGACUGGGAUUGUUGCGCUCUUGCCGGCAGGUAUACUCCGAGUCAAUUGAUCUCCUCUACUCCCAAAACAUUCUCAGCUUUCGCCAAACGCGGACUAUCGUGGAUCUCCAACGUACCAUUGCCCCCCAGCGCCUACACAGCAUUCGCUCUGUUAAUCUGUACUUUCUGCUCCAACUAUACUGGUUCGGGACGCGCAUAGAUGCAACCGAGGGUAUCUAUCCUCUCGACAUACCAUUCUUCUGGGAGUCCGCCUGGAAAACCAUCGCCGAGAUGAAGUCGUUGCAGAGCCUUCGAGUGGAGUUCACUGAUGGGCGCCUUGACAAUGAAUACCCGCACCGGGAUGCGAUGGUGCAUCUUCUGAAGCCGAUGGCGGCAGUCAAGGUCCAGAAGUAUAUUGUCCAGUUCGACUGGUCAGUUGCGGUAGACGAACUUGUGCGCUUGUUGGGGAACGAGGUGCCUUUUGAAAUCCAGGUCAAAGAGAAACCUGUAGAGCCAUAUUAUUUUUGGUAG